AGGUUGAAAAAGGUGCUUACCUACCGACAACUAGUGAUCGUGCCACUGUGAAAUUUACCAGUAUUUCUACGCGUACUCGUGCACAAAAAGCUAAUAUUGAUGAUUCUGAAACACCGGGAACUGUUAAACUAUUGAAAAUUAACAAUACCAAUUUAGAACGUGCAUGGCAUUCUUCUCGUAUGGUUAGUCAUGAUGAUUGGACUCAAUGGUUGAAAACAUUGAAUAUGGCACUUUUACGUGAAUCCCCUAGUCCAGCAAUACGUGCUUGUAGUCAGUUGACAGCUAUUACACCUGGUAUAGGUCGUACAUUAUUCAAUGCAGCAUUUCUUAGUUGUUGGCCUGAAUUAAAUUAUCAUCAACAAGAUGAUUUGAUUAAUACAUUGGAACGUGUACUACGUGUACCAGACCAGUCGCCGGAAGUUAGUCAAACUAUAUUGAAUUUGGAAGAAUUUAUGGCUCAUAUGGAUAAAUAUUCCAAUUCAUCACAUCGUGUCCACCUACCAUUACCAUUAGGUGUACUAGCUGAUAGAGCAUUAAAAAAUCGUGCUUACGCUAAAGCAUUAUAUUAUAAAGAACAAGAAUUUUUAAUGGAAUCUGAAAAACGUUCAUGUCCUAGUCCAUCAACUUUAUCUUCAUUAUUAACUAUUUAUAGUAAAUUAAAUUUAGAAGAAGCAGCUAAUGGGGUGUUGUUGUAUGCAACACGUAGUACACAAGAUAAACUAGUAAGUGAUUGUGGUGAUUAUUAUUAUUAUUAUUAUUACUAA